AUGGCGCCGGAGAGGGGUCGGAGCUCGCUCUCCCACGAAUAUUCAGCCUUGCCCAGUCAUGCUCCUGAGAUAAUAUCCGCAAACACGGAGUUCAUCAGGUCACACGGCAAGAUUGAGGCCUUGGUGACGGCGGAACGCACAAGGAAUUUCGAAGGGCUUGUGAGGCGGUACAUCAAACAGCUGCUCUACGGUUGCCAACGAGCUCAUUGCGAUACUCCCACUUGUUAUACGGCGAGGAAGAAGCUAUCGCGUGACACCAACGCAUCGCGGAAGUUCAGUGUUUUAUCGGCGAGGAUUAUUGCUUGCCAGCUUGCCACGCAGGAUGAUCCCUACAAAGCCUUGUGUCCGGGCAAGCUGGUGACGCCUGUCUUGUCCGGACCGGUCGAAGGGAAAGGGGAUGGGUUGUCGAGGGAUAGUAGCUUUCGGGAGGAGAUUGCCGAGGAUGGGGAGGAUACGUCGAAUAAGGAGAAUAAGGAGGCGCCUGCUCGGCCGGUGAAGGAAGCUUUGAAAGAGGGCGAGGUCGAGGUGAUUACGGAUAAGGGACUGAAGGAUCCAAAGUCUUUUCAGCAGCAGUUGUUCAAUACGAAGCCGUUCAAGAUGCUGGAAUGGAUUGGGUUGCCUCCGAAUGUUGGCAUUAUGAAGUUUGCCGAUGAAUCCACUGCUUCACCUGCAAGGACGCCAACGCGGUCGUCCGACUUUAAUAGCGAGCGAGAUGUUGCCACGCCAGCUUUGCUUCAUGAGCAGCCUCCGAGAUUUAGAGAUUAUUCUAACCCGAUGGAGCUUAUAGAUCUCGGGAAACUAAAUAAAGAGUCGGAGCCUGUAUCGCAUCAUAAGCACCAGGAGAUACUACAGCAACCGCCGGUACCACCACGAAAACGCCGGUCGUCAAAUGCCUCCAAGGCAGCUCUUAAGGAUGUAACCCCAACGCCUCAUUCAAACGCUAGAUCUAAAAUGACUGCCGCCGGUGGCCGGAAUUCUAACAUGCCCCCCCCACCGAUAGGUCCUCACCUCCACCAUAAAUCAAAGAUAGCAAAUUCUCAUCCUCAAUUAACUCCUUCGAGAUCCGAAAAACAUUCACUGACAGCACAGUCACUUAUGACAGAGGACGAGGAUUUGACACCCCAAUCGUUAACAAAGCUGGAUAAGGAGAUUUGCGCUGCACUAUUGAAGAUGUGCACAGAUCCUACCGUAACCGGUGCGCAGUCCCGGGAUGCUACUGUGUUUGCGAAGCAGAGUCUGUUUUACGUUUUUAGCACCUCAGAAGCAUUACUCGAGUCUUUCGUAUCGGAGAAAGCAGGGUCUGGCUCAGAUAUCGACCUCAACUUGGACGAUAUGGAUCAAGCUUUCCAGAUGUUGUUCGAGAAUGAAGCUUGGGGAGCGCAGGUUAUGCAAGGGCUUUGGAUCGGACUGGAGGCAGUUUUCAAAAUUCCUGGUGAGGAAGGACGGUUAUCAGAUAAGGACACUGCCCGUGUCAUAUCGAUAGCUUUACACGCUCUCGCAGCCGCAGUGCCCCGGAGCACGCCGGAAGAGUGGAUGGCCGUUCGGAAGCUUAGGGGGAGUGGCAAAGUCAGUGAAGCGGGGACUGUUAGUGAGAUCUGGUUCGAGGAUGAGAUGGCGGAAAGACUCAUGCGGCGGGUGGUCAGGGCGGUUGCGUAUAGACAUUCACGUGGGGAUCAGGUUGCGCUUCGGCUUCAGAGGCAUUUCCGAAAUUGUAGCAUGUUUCAGUUUGAGCAACGGAGAGAGCGGUUAGCUAGGGAAGUUGGGGAGGGUUUGGAAAAUGCCUUUGACCAGGAGAGGGGUGGCUGGGGUUUGGGAGUUUGCACUUUGGAGUGGUGUAGAGCUAUUUUGUUGAAAGCUUGGGAUGGCCAGGAAACUACUCCUAUGGUCGGUGUGGUCGGGUGCUGCUUAGUAUUGAUGAAAAUCCUUUAUGAUGACCAUCAAUCGUACGGAAUUGACCAAGAAUUUUUUCAUACACGGGCGCUCUCAGACCGAUUUGACCCCAAGGAUGUUCCGGUUCAAUGGUUUGACAGCGAACCGAAGGCUGGAGUUCUCCAUUUUCUCGACUAUGCCUUCCUUUUCCCGGAGAAUUUACGAGUGACCUAUUUCCGCGCCGUGAAUCUCGCGCACAUGACGAAAGCGUAUGAGCAAUCCAUGACCAUGCAGCGGCUGACUACCCAGAUGUCGAUGAACACUGCCCUUUUGGAUCCUCAAGACGAGAGACUAGAUCGGCGGAUGCGCAUCCCGCUCAGCAGCUAUCUUCUCGUAGAAGUUCGACGAGAAACUGUUCUUCAGGAUGCGCUGAACCAGGUGUUUGGGAGGGAAAUCCGGGAGCUAAAACGGCCAUUAAAGGUCCGAUUCGCGAAUGAGGGUGAGGAGGGCGUGGAUCACGGAGGUGUGCAGCAGGACUUCUUCAUUGUGGCAAUUAGAGAGGCUCUAAGGUCUGAUUAUGGACUGUUUACUACGGAUGAACAGACCAGGAUGAAUUGGUUUAGCGUUACGCCUAUCGAACCCAUUCACAAAUAUGAACUUCUGGGUCUUUUGGUUGGAUUAGCGGUCUACAAUGGUGUCACUUUACCCAUAACCUUUCCCAAGAUCCUUUACAAAAAGCUUCUUGGCGGGAAGGCGGAAGGCUUGGAAGACAUCGAAGACGGGUGGUGCCAACUUGCGAAGGGCUUUAAACAACUUCUGGAAUGGAAUGACGGCGAUGUUGGUGACGUUUUCCUUAGGACGUAUGAUUUCUCGUACGACUUUUUCGGUCAGGUCAAGUAUGUGAACAUGCUUAGGGCCAAGGAAAACAAGGUUGAGUUCUUGGACAUCAAGCUCAAUAAAUUGAGGAAAGCCAAAUCGAAACUCGAGACGAUGCAUGAAUGGUUGCCAGCGCCAUCUUUGAGCGACGAGCAGGAUCGGUGGCUGGGUGGGUUGAACGAUGUGCUUGAUGACAUUGUUCGGAAUGAUGGCUCUUCCUAUCAUGUUACAAUUAGAGAGUGGCCGGGUGAUGAUGGCGGUGAGGUCGGUGAGGAAAGGGAUGCGCUAGAAGAGGGUGAGGCGAGUGGUGCUGGUCUUGGGCAAAGUGGGGGUGAGGAACGACCAAGUGACAGGUCGCUCGCGCUAGCCUCAUCGGAGGCUAUCGAAGGCGGGGAAACCAAUGUGGCGUUAGAGAAUGGGGGGGGUCAAGGGACCGAACCGCUGGAAUUUGAUAUUCAAAAUGAUGGCACUGAGGAUGAUGUCUUCCGGGACGCGGGCGAGGAAGCCGAGACAUCACCAACGAAAGAUGAUAAUGAUGGCGCGAUGGGGGGUUUCCGGGAGCAGUCACAAGUGCAGGAGAAGGGGAAAGAGGUUGCACAUGUUUCAUUUUCUCUAGAGCUAUCGGAAGAAGUACCCGCUGCGGAAGAUCCCCUGCGCUCGGACGAACAAGAGCCCAAAGAGGAGGCUCCCCUAGUCACUAACGAGAACCGCGAGGCUUUCGUAAGGGAUUACAUAUCCUGGCUAACUGACCGCUCCAUCCGUCGACAAUAUCAAGCUUUCGAGAAAGGAUUCUUUGCCGUUAUUGACCGAAAGUCUCUGUCCCUCUUUACACCCUCAAACUUCCAAUCCCUAACAGAAGGCAUCCAAGAUAUCGACAUCUCAGAGCUCGAAAAGGCCGCCCGCUACGAAGAUGGCUAUAGUCCAACCCACCGUGUAAUCAAGGACUUCUGGGCGAUCGUGCGCGGCUUCUCUGCCGAGCGGCGCCGCCAACUCCUGGAAUUCGUCACGGCCAGCGGACGCGUGCCCGUCAACGGGAUUUCCAGCAUCAUGUUUGUGAUUCAGAGGAAUGGGCCGGACAGCGAUCGUGUACCCACUAGUCUUACGUGCUUUGGGAGACUGCUGUUGCCGGAGUAUUCGCGGCGUGCAAAGUUGAGGGAUAAGUUGAAGCUUGCCUUGGAAAAUGGGAAGGGGUUUGGGGUUCCUUGAGAGGUUGUUUAUCUCUUGUUCCAGCCCUUUUCUCUCUUCCUUUUCUGCUCGUCCAUCGGAUGGUGGGGGCUGGCUGGCUGGUGGCGGGGUUUUCUUUGCUGUUUGUCGCCAUGGGUCGGUUUUCCUUAGGCCGUUUGGGGACUUCGCUUAUGGGGUUAGCGUGUCAAGUUGGUAGAUAUCAUGCUUGUCCUCUCUUGCUUUUUCUUUUUUUUCUUCUUCUGUUGUCUUUAGCUUUUGUGCUGGUCGUAUCUCUUGUGGAAAAGUUGCGCUUUGGAAUCUUUAGAGUUGUAAUUUGAUGGGUGGAUAUAUGUAUUGCGCCGGCAAUUCGAAUUUACAGAGAAUGGGGGGGAGGGGCGUUUGUAAGAUG